GUCUGGCAGAACAGUGUUUAUUUUCCUCGCUUACAGAUGGAGAAUUGAGGCAGAGAGAGAAAUGAGCUGUGUGCUUUCCCCGGAGUGGGCAAAGCCGGGAACAGAGUCCAGAUCUCCUGGAAGCUCAAGCAGUGUCUUAAUAACUUUGUCUCUGUCUCUCUCUCUCUCUAAUGAAUCAUUCCAGAAACCGGUGGAAUUACUUUUUCCUUUAUGACGGUUCAAAGGUUAAGGAAGAGGGAGAUCCUACGAGCGCUGGCAUUUGUUAUUUUUAUCCUUCUCAGACUCUCCUUGAUCAGCAGGAGCUGCUCUGCGGACAGAUUGCAGGAGUGGUACAUUGCAUGAUUGAGAUUUCUGGAGUUCCUCCCAGUCUCAUUCGGCUGAGAAAGCUCAAGUUUGCAGUUAUAGUGGAUGGAAACUAUCUCUGGGUUCUGGGCUGUGCUGUUGAACUUCCUGAUGUCAGCUGUAGACGAUUUCUGGAGCAGCUGAUCAGCCUCUUCAGGUUUUACAAUGGACCUGUGCACCAUGCUUACAUGGCAUUUUCUCAGGAGGAACUGAGCAAGCAGUGGGACAGAUAUAUUGAACACAUCCAAAAAAACACCAGUGACCUCCACAAGAUUUUCAAUUCUCUUUGGAAUCUGGACAAAACCAAGGUGGAUCCCUUGCUCUUACUGAAAGCAGCUCUCAUCUUACAAACUUGCCAGCGGUCUCCCCAUGUCUUGGCAGGCUGCAUUCUCUACAAAGGCUUGAUUGUGAGCACCCAGCUGCCCCCUCCUCUUACUGCCAAAGUUCUCCUCCAGGGCAAUGAAUCUUCAGGCCAGGCCGGAAGACAUGUCGCGAUAGCGCUGAUGGCAAGUGUUGAGUCAUGCUGCAGAGCUGAUUCUUGGCUUUUCUUUCAGAACGAGCCUGGAGGUGAGGAGCAGCAGGAGCCUGAUUCUCCGUUGCCACAGGGAGUUCGUAUCAUUCCAGUUUUCCUAACAGAAGAUGAAGUCUCAGUGCUCCGAGACUUUCCAGUGGAGUGGAUGACUAGGUCAUCCAUGUCCCCUGCAAGUCCUAAAGGAGAAAAGAACACGCUCUGCUCCCAGGCACUUUCAGAAUCAACAGGGGUUCAUGAAAAUGAAGACCUGAGUAGUACCUCUGUACAGGAGUCCCUUGAGCAGGCUUCAAUCACAGCUGCACCAGAAGAUGCUAUACAUUCGGAUAGCCUUGCAAACACAGGUCAUUUGAAGGGCUUCCCUGAAAUGGAAGCCACUUCAAAGAAUUCUCCGACUGCAGAACUGAACAGCCCAGGCAGCAGAAGCCCGGAGCUGAGCAGAAGAGCAUCCUUCUCAUCAGAGACACACCUGAAAGAGCUGCCAAGCACUUCCAAACUCUAUGCUGCAGAAUAUGCUCAGACUACAGGUCCAUCUCCGGAAGGCUUUUUUUUCCCAAACCCUUAUGCCCAGGAGCAGGAGGGUCAGAGCAUGGGAGAAUCUGUUGUGGACUUUGCCAUUAAGCAGCACAGUUUCCAAAGGUGUCCUUCAGCCAGUGGCAGUCCAUCUAUUUACUCUCCUGUUCAAGAACUAAGCAGAAGGAAGCCAGGUGAACAAGACAAGCAAGGGACUGUCAGCCAAAAUAGUAUCCCUGGAAAAAGCAGUGAUGAAACUGGUGGUAGUGUCUGGGGUUUGGAUCGUCAAACCACUCUUGCACAGUCGGAGCACAAAAGCAGGAGUUGGCUGCUUGCUGCAGAUGUCCAGGAGAGUCUGCCUAGUGACCGAGCAGAGAACACAGGCUGUCCCAGCAGUGGGGAGAGUGGCUUGCCUUUUCAGGUGGACAGCCUGGGAGCUCAGGGUGGUGUUGAUUCAGGCAAACAGUGCAACACAGUUAGGAUGAGCUUGUAUGUUCACUGCGUUAAGGGGCUAGUGCUUUCUCUGCUGGCUGAGGAUCACCUUGAAGAUGACCAGAGCUCCGUUGAAGAUGUGUACCAUAGCAGUCUGGCUUCUUUAAAUGGCCUUGAGGUUCAUCUGAGGGAGACUUUGCCCAAAAGCUCCUCUUCUUCCGCCAAGGCAACCUACAGUUUCACUCACUAUGACUGCAUUCAGAACGUACUCACAGCUAACCUGCCUCAUACACCUGGCCCUCUGGAUCGGCACUUCCUGAGAGCUGCUACGCUGAUCCACUCUGACUUCAGUCAUUUUCCAGCUGUUUCAGAAAUGAUAAUUAGGAAUGCCUCCACUGCUGUAUACGCCUGCCGGAAUCCUGUCCAGGAGACCUACUUCCAGCAGCUGGGCACUCCGCUCCGCAACUCGGGUGUUCCCAACCCUCAUGACAGUGCAUUUGGCUUACCGAGCAAGGCCAAGCAAAAGCUGCUGAAGCAUGGCGUGAACCUGCUUUGAAGUGAGGCGCUGAGGCAACCUGUCUCAGCCUAUGCUAAAAGUUAGUUCAUCUCCAGUAAGCAAAAUCUCAAAGGAAUUUAUUCUGUUGGAGGCUUUAGGCUCUGUGCUGUCUGUGGGGUCUCCAUUCUGCCUUGCCUUGGUGAACAGGCGCUCUUAUUGCCCUGUGCCUGCAGCACGUUUUGUGCUAGUGCAGAGUAUUGAUAUGAACGCUUACCAAAAACUGAGGAUAGAAAAUAGCUGAGUUGGGAUGCUUGGUUUACGUUCACUGUAGGACUGUUCAUACUGCUCUGCCCCCAUAGGCAGAGCCUCCUGCCUCGACCUGAAGUAAAACCGUUUUCUUGCUCUAAGCUACACCAGCUGCCAGGUCACUGUGCAGUACUUGCUUUCAGAGAUGUCAGUCAGACAUCUGCCUGGAGUUCUGUGCCUACGCUUGCCCUGGUCAGACUUGGGCUUUAUUUAUACCUCUUAAUCUACAGAAAUGUUUCCCUGCCACAAUAGAAUUCCUUACCUUCAGAUAACAGAGCCUGCAUGUUCUCAGACUAACUGGAAUAGAACAAGUGCUGCAGAACUAAUAAUGCUCCUAUAAUAGCUAUCAAUAGAUUUUUAUACUGUAGCUGAAUCUGGGAGAUCCUUGUCCCUCUGAGCCUAUUCAGAGGUUGUGCAGUAUGCUGUUGCCUUCCAGAUUCCCCCAAAUGCAGAAAGGUGCUGUAACCUGCUGGCCUUCCACAGGGCCUUGAUGGUGUUGCCUAUGAGACUGAAUGCACUACACUCCUGCUGGCUCCUAGGCCUUCUGCUUCCUCCCCUCCCUCCUCUGGAAGUACAGUUGUUGGAGUACCUUGUUUCACCUCCUUGCUCUCUUACUGCUCGAUUUGUCUACGCUCUGUUGACAGAAAAGGCAAGUGGGAGCUCCUUAAGCUAAUGGGACCAAAGAGACUUUAUAGCUCCUUUGCGACUGUUGUCUUUCUGUGUAAACAGACAGUACAUGCCCUUUCAGCAGCUUGGGGUGGGGAUUGGCACUGAGGACUGCUUAGACCUGAAUGUUGGACACUUGCCAUCUGACAGUGCUGUAUGUUUCGAAGACUGUUGCUGGUACAUACUCACACAUCACUGUAACUGAAAAUAAAGUCUCCAAGACUCAUUUGUCCAAGGCCAGAG